UUGAGCUGUCAUGCAUGCAUAUGGUUUGUUUUCCAGGGUUUUUCAUAAAGAAUCCAGACUCGGUACAGUCAGACGCAUAACAUUGAACUAUUCUAAAAAUUACAUUAAGAUCAUCGUUUGAAGAUCACCGUUGCGCUGUAAAGAAAUCAAGCGAAAUAAAAAACAAUGGAUCCGAUCAUUGACUGGCAAAUUUCUCGGCAUGACAUUAAAUCCCGCGGCCAGUAUCUGUUGGAAACUGGAAAGUGGGCUGACUGCCACUUUUUGGUCGGGCAGGAACCAAAUCAUCAGAUGCUAGCGGGGCAUAAGCUAAUUUUGGCGAUGGCGUCCCCCGUUUUUGAAGCUAUGUUUUACGGUGGAUUGGCUGAGAAGAGUGAUCCGAUACCAAUUCUCGAUUUGGAUCCGUCGGCCUUCAAAUCGCUUCUAGAGUACAUAUAUACGGAUAAGAUCAGUAUCAACUCAGUGGACAAAGCCUGCGAGCUGUGCUAUGGGGCCAAGAAAUACAUGCUGCCGCAUGUUGUAGAGCAAUGUAUCACAUUUUUGUGGUCAGAUCUGUGCCCAAAGAAUGUUUGUAGAGCUUAUGAGUUUGCUAAACUAUUUGAGGAACCUCGUUUGAUGGAAAAAUGUCUGCAAAUCAUGUGUACAAAAACCAUCGAUGUCAUCCAAGACUCCAGCUUCGAAGAUGUUGAACUCAGCACGAUUAUAACCAUUUUGGAUCAAGAUGUUUUGAACAUCGAUUCGGAAUUGAACCUUUUUUGGGCUAUCAAUAAGUAUGCUGAAAAGCAUGGCCUUUGUUCUAGUAGAGAUACCAACCAGACCGGAAACGAUGCAGAGCAGAUUGAAUCUCCCCCAUCACCUCCGACUGUAGAAGAUGAGGCAGGCCCAUCGAACGCUCUACGGAAUCCACAAAAUAAUCCUGUUGGCAACAACGAUCAGCAAGCUGGACCAGCCGCUGUCAUAGCUGUUAAUCCCGGCCGACAGCAAGAACUGCCAACGAUUCGAGAUGCUAUCCGUCGUAUACGGUUUCUCUCCUUGAACCCACAACAGUUUGCCGAAGGUCCGGCCAGGACAAAUUUAUUAACACAAUCAGAAGCAUUUGCGAUUUUGAUGAACAUUUCGACUUCCAACAGCUGCUACCCCAUGCCGGACGGAUUUACUACCAAUAAAAACACCAGAAACACAUUUCCCGAUUCAUCGCCUUCUAGUCCGUUAGCAGGUCCUAGUGGAAACCAGCUGGUUCAUCGUCCAGGUGGUUCAGCGGGUCCGAGCGGGCUCUUCCCACAACACGUUCCACCUCCUCAACCUGCUCCGCUCCCUUCACAAACGGUACCAGCUCCGGCUCCGGCUCCAGUUCCUCCAGCGCACCCAGAAAAUCCAGAAAGCCCCUUCUACCCUGACUAUUUGGAUGAAAUACGGGGCAAUGAUUCCAACUACGAUCGCAAGUAUUAUUGUCGCAGAAUAAUGCGCCAACAGACAGAAUGUCUCAACACUUCAGUGUUGGAUUGCUCAUUGACAUUCAUCGUGGAUAGAUCUGUGUGCAUCAUUGGUAUCGAGGUACCGACCCAGGUUCAAGGGUCAUCUAUUGUCGGCAACGAUCGAUACUCCGAGCUGCUGUAUGCUCAUCUCUUGGAUGCCCAUGGUUCUCGUUUAACCUAUACACACUGCAAUCAGCGAGUGCAGUACAAUUCAAUGCUGGAAAUUUCUUUCGAUCGACCGGUCUUUGUCCAAAGACACAAGAUGUACAAGAUUGGCGUCGUUUUCAAUAAAGUGGGAUGGUAUCCGGUUAGUCAGUCGGUGGCAAAAGUGAACUGCGAUAAUGUAUGUUUCAGAUUUUGUGUCGGCUCUCAAUCGGAGUCGGUUCGUGAUGGUCUCAUUCGCACGAUUGUCUUUACCUAUACUCGUGACGGAAUUGCCUAAUGGGAUUUGUGAUGAUUAUGAUUAUUUCCGAUAUGUGUGUUAUGUACUAGAUAAUCAUUUUGUUCUGGUGGUGUUUGUUCUAAUGCCAAUAAUGAAGGCGCAAUAAAUCGGAAAUCGUAUGCAGCUACAUGAUAAGUAUAUACUUAAUAUCGAUAAUUUCAGUAGUUUGUGCACAGAAAACAGCGAAUAUGGGACAUCGUGUAUCAAUAGAAUAAAGUCGUGUUUCGGGUAGCAAAUAUUUAAUAUCAAGUGAAAAGCACACUUUCAGUUUGAAUUGUCCUCAUGAAUAGAAAAAAAAUAUGUGUCAUAAAGUCACAAGUUGGCAUUUUAGGGUACAGAUAACGAAAGGUAUACCCACAUUUAUGCUUACGUUACACGAAUAUCAGCUUUUCAAAUUAAACAAAAAUACAUUGUUCAUCGUUUGCUGUUUCUCUUUAUGGUGCACAAUCCAAAUAAAACCUAAAUCAAAGCGCGUUGCGCAAUAACCACUCUGAUGCCCUAUUUAACAUUCAAGAGUUUAAAUGAGCAGAAAUAUGUCUGUCUAAUCGCAAUAUACGAAAUGAUAGCAUCUUAAUUUAACAACAAAUAUGUGUACCUAUCUGAUAAAAUUCGUAUAACAAACAAGAUUCUUCAAAUAA